AUGUGUAGUUUAAGUCGUAUUUACUCAGUCGCGUAUGUCACCGUGCCUUCCAUUGAAAUUGCAAAAACACUAGCACAUGGUGUUGUCAAAAACAAGCUGGCAGCAUGUGUCAACAUCAUCCCUCAAAUAACAUCAAUCUACGAAUGGAAAAAUGAAAUCCAAGAAGACAAUGAACUUAUGCUGAUGAUCAAAACAAGAACAGAAACUGUAACAAGCCUUACUGAAUUUAUCAAAAAAAACCAUCCAUAUGAAGUUUGUGAAGUUAUAUCACUACCUAUUGAAAAUGGAAACCAGCAAUACCUCAACUGGAUUGGCGAUAUAGUUCCAAAGUCAUCAGAAACUGAUCCCAAGUCUUCCUCAUAAAUUAAUAUACAAUACAAAAUGUUAAACCUAAACAAACAAACAUUUAA